CUCAGCCAAGGCGAGAUUGAUGAUCUUCGUGAUGCAUUCCGUCUAUUCGACAAGGAAAACACUCAGUCGAUUCUUCUCAAGGAUGUUCGUGAUGCAUUGCGAUCAAUUGCUAGUGAAGUAGAUCAAUCCAAAAAGGGAAACUCCAAUUUGCAACGCCUACUUUAUAACUCUAGCAGCUUCCCGGAAGACAAAACUCUUACCAUGGACGAGUUUGUUGAGCUAGUCACAAAACCUGAUCCGAAUGAUCGCCGCAGCGAGAUCCAAAAAGUCUUUGAUCUUUUCGAUGAAGGAAGAAAGGGACACAUAAACGUGCAAGAUUUGCGAAAUGCUUCCACUGGUCUGGGAGAAGCUAUGGAAGAAGAUGAACUCCAUGAAAUGAUUGAACGCACGUCAUCCGACGGAAGAGUAUACUUGGAAGACUUUGAGCGCAUCAUGGCCAAAAAACUGUUUUCUUAG